AUGGGACUAGCCUCGGCGAGAGCACAAGGCCUACACCAUCCUAUCACCAGUGCGGAGAGAUUAAGAAUCUGUGAUCACACGCUCUAUAUCAUGAUGGACCCUAGAGACAACCAUGGAAAAGGAAGCGUUGUUGGUAUUCUGAAGAUGGGAGUGAAACAUUUGUUCCUGUCUGACCCAACUGGCAUGGUCCAUGAGAAGGAAACAUUGUGCGUACUUGACUUCUAUGUCCAUGAAUCAAAGCAGAGGACUGGAAUAGGAAAGAGAAUGUUUGACUACAUGUUAGAGGACAAAGACAUUAAGCCUUGUAAACUAGCGAUUGACAGACCAUCUCAAAACAUCUUGUACUUCUUGAACAAGCACUACGGGUUAGCAAAGAUAUACCCUCAGAACAACAACUUUGUCCUGUUUGAAGGCUUCUUUGAUGAAAAACGUGAUGUCAGAUCCUCUCUUGAAUACUCAUAUAGAUCUGAGAAGUCCAGGCAUGAACAGGAGGAUCGCGACAACAAUCAAGCUGUAACUGACAGGCGGGCGUCUGAGGUCAUGUCAAGCACAGAACACAGUUACAGCUUUGGCAAUGGGGCAGUGGCCUCCCCCAGACAGGCCUCCUCCACAGAUUUUCCUUCAAAAGGUAAGCUGUCUUGA